AUGCAUUUAAAGUCACAAUUGCAGGAGUUGCUCCAUUUGAAUAUAGCUGAAUUGCUCACAGUCCAGCAUGAUGUCACAAUGUUACUCGAAGAAAAGAUAAACAAUUUGAAGCUCUCCUGCUUGGAACGUGAAGAUUGCCGACAUGGGGAGAGAAAAGGUAGCCAUACCAUUGAAAUUGGGCCGUUUCUCAAAUCUGAUCGUAUAAACGACCGAAUACGUGGUGAUAAAGAUAGUAUCUGUUCAGACAGCGAGAUGGAGGCAGAUAGUGAAGACUUCAUAUUGACACAGUUGGACUCAGCAGAUCCUACGUCUCAAAGCCCGCUAAAAAUAGGUUGUGGUGCAGACAAUGUUACUACAGGAUUCAGUUCGCCUUUGAAAAGCAUAGUAGAUAAUAAUGAUGAGAGAGGGCGUAACAAGACUUACGGAGAAGCACGACCCAACACUGUCAGUGAUAUCACUGAUAAAGACAGUAUACGGCAUAAUCUUUCUCAUUCUAAAAAGAGGGCGUGUAUGGAUGCUGGUGUGGAUCGUUCUGAUGGAACGCAAUGCAAGAAAUUAAAACCUAUUAACUUGAACGGCAAGAAGGCGCUUAGAACAGAUCAAGAAAACAAGCCUCUUAAAUCAAAAACAUGCGAUUUUAAUACUAAUCCAUGGACAUCAAAACCAUGGAUUUUGGAAGAUUUCAAACCCAAUGAGGCUUACACAACUUAUAGGAAAAAUACCAUGAAAAUUGAAGGAUUUUAUUCAAAGGUAGGCAGUCCAAACGAAUGGCAUAAUAAUAAUCGUAAUGUUAAAGAUAUGGAAAAUGGCAAUUAUUUCAACGAAGAAUUUGAAAAUUUGAGGCAAAGAUCGAAAUCCCCGCCUGGUUUUGGUAGGCUAGAUUUCCCUUCAACCCAAGAGAGAGCUGACGACAAGGAGAGAUCUCGGCAAAUACUAUACGAAAAAACAAGACAUAGGUUUUUGGCAGCUGUCAAUAAAGAUCUUCCUUUAGAAAAACGUGAAUAUAUUUUUAAGAAAGAUGAUUUGAACAAAAUGGUGGAUGAUGACAUUCUUGCCUGGUGCAACGAGGACCUGCAAAUAUUUGUAAGGAGAUAA